AUGGGUGUGUACGGAGGUUUAGGGCCCAUGACCAAUGCGGUUCUCUGGGUGGAGGCUGUUGUAUUUGCGAUUUUCGUGGGGCUAAGGCUCUACACGCGAAAACACGUUCUCAACUCCGUCGGUCUUGAUGAUUAUCUAGUUUUGACUGCACUGGUUCUUCAAGUCCUUUACACGGCCUUUGUCACAGAAGCAACUCUUUACGGUCUCGGGCAACUAUACGCUGAUGUCGGUGAUCCAGUUACCUAUUUUACGGCUGUCAAGUAUGAGCUAUUCAGCCAGGUAGCUGGACUAAUGGUCAUUGGCGUGGGAAAAGCCACUGUUGGCGUAUUCCUUCUUCGAAUUGUGCGGAGCAAAGCCCAGGUCUGGUUUAUCUGGGCUUGUCUUGCAAUCACUGCUUUUAUCACACUCUUUGCUAGCAUUACGGUUAUAGUGCAGUGUAUUCCAAUUGAGAAAUCCUGGAACCCAACCACGCCAGGCUAUUGUUGGCUCGACUUUUCCAAAGUUGGUUACACUGUUGGAUCAUGGUUUGUCGCCGCGGACUUCGCCUUUGCAAUUCUUCCCUGGUUCAUUGUCUGGGAUCUCAAUAUGAAACAGAAGGAAAAGAUCACCGUUGCCUGUGGUCUUAGUCUUGGAGUAUUUGCUGGAGCAUGCGGUAUCAUCCGCACCAAAGCCCUGUCAGGAUUAAAUGCAUCGGAGUACAUAUUAGAUGAUACGGUACCAAUGCUCAUCUGGUCUGCCACUGAGAGCUGCGUCACGAUCAUGUGCUCGUCUAUUCCCGUCCUCCGUCCCCUUUACAUCCAUGUCAGAUACGGAGCGGAUGGCAGGAGCAGCUCUUCUGGAGAUACCUCCUAUCGAUUGCCACUUUAUGGCAGUGGUCGGGGAAGGAGUACUUAUUCAAAGGCCGGCCUUGAAUCUUCAAUCAACGAGCAGAGUACUCCUCACCACACCGGCGUCUUGAAAAAUAGCGCACAGAACGCUAGCAAUGAGAAUAUUCUUCAGGGUGCUGCAGGUAUUGAAAGGACGGAUGAGAUCGCAGUUAGCUAUGAGCAAUUUGAUACCAUUCAUUUCUUGGGACCCAACUGCACAUACUUUCGAACAUAUCCCACCACCAACCACCCUGCCUUCUUCAGAUCCGCCAUGUCCUCUACCCCGCCAACAAGUGGACUCUCACCUAAAACAUGGACACGAGAGACCAGCCGCGAAUUCUUCAUCUCAACCGAACCAAAGCUACUCUCCGUCAAAGCAGUCAAUGCCGCAUACGCUAGAGACUUCGUUUACUGGAUCAAAAAGCCCUUUCCGGAGGAGGUGCUCUGGCAGAUGCUCCACGGCGCCUUGAGUUUCGGCGUGUACAGGUGGACCGAACCUGUAGAGUCUGUAAACGAUUCUACCAUCCCAUCUCCGGAGAACACUGAGCAGAUUGGACUUGCUCGCGUGGUCACAGAUGGUUGUUCAUUUGUUUAUCUGUCGGAUACCUACGUUCUUCCCGAGUACCAAGGCAGCGGACUUGGGAAAUGGCUUGUGGGUUGUGUUGCCGAGACCUUUUCUAAGGAGAACAUGCCGUAUUUACGUCGGAUUAUGUUGCUCACUGAUGAUGAGCGCACGCAGGCUUUCUACACGAAUGUGUUUGGUGUGAAAGUUGUCGGGCGUGAAGAGCGAAAGGACAUGGGGAGGGAUUUGGUGUUUAUGUGUGCGAGACCGCAUGCACAGCCUUGA